AGGUUACAACUGUUUAAUUUUUUUUUCCCCCUGUCAAAAUCUGAAAUAAAACACACCAGCAAUCAUGGGUGACGGGGAGAUGGCCUGUUUCGGAGAGGCUGCCCAGUUUCUCCGUAAAUCUGACAAAGAAAGAUUGGAAGCCCAAAAUAGGCCAUUCGAUGCCAAGAACACCUGCUUCGUAGAUGACAAAAAAGAGCUGUACGUGAAAGGUCUAGUCACAGCUCGUGAAGAUGGCAAAAUCACAGUAAAAACUGAUGAUGGAAGGACUGAAACUGUUAAAGAUAGCCAAGUUUACCCUCAAAAUCCCCCCAAGUAUGACAAAAUUGAAGAUAUGGCCAUGAUGACCCAUUUGAAUGAAGCCUCUGUGUUGUAUAACCUCAAAGAACGUUACGCAGCAUGGAUGAUCUACACCUACUCUGGCCUUUUCUGCGUCACUGUGAAUCCCUACAAGUGGCUCCCAGUGUACAACCCUGAGGUGGUUGCUGGCUACAGAGGGAAGAAACGUAUGGAAGCCCCACCUCACAUCUUCUCCAUCUCUGAUAACGCUUAUCAGUCCAUGUUGACAGAUCGUGUCAAUCAGUCUGUCCUGAUUACUGGAGAAUCUGGUGCCGGAAAGACUGUGAACACGAAACGUGUCAUCCAAUAUUUUGCAACAAUUGCGGCUAUUGGAGAUCAAGGCAAGAAAAAGGAGCCAACUAACAGCUUGAAGGGCACACUGGAAGAUCAAAUCAUUGAGGCUAACCCUCUGCUGGAAGCUUUCGGUAAUGCAAAGACCGUGAGAAAUGACAACUCCUCUCGUUUUGGUAAAUUCAUCAGAAUUCACUUCGGCACCACCGGAAAACUGUCUUCAGCUGAUAUUGAAACAUAUCUACUGGAGAAAUCCAGAGUUACCUUCCAGCUGUCUGCUGAAAGAAGCUACCAUAUCUUCUAUCAGAUCAUGACAAACAAGAAACCAGAACUUGUUGAAACACUUCUGGUCACAACCAACCCAUACGACUUUCCUUCCAUCAGCCAGGGUGAGAUUGUUGUGAAGAGUAUUAAUGAUGAAGAUGAAUUGAUGGCUACUGAUAGUGCCAUUGAUGUCCUGGGUUUCACUGCAGAAGAAAAGAUUGGUAUCUACAAACUUACAGGAGCUGUCAUGCACCAUGGCAACCUGAAGUUCAAGCAAAAGCAGAGAGAGGAGCAGGCUGAGCCCGAUGGCACUGAAGUUGCUGAUAAAAUUGCAUAUUUGAUGGGUUUGAACUCUGCCGAUAUGCUGAAAGCUCUGUGCUACCCAAGAGUAAAGGUCGGCAAUGAAUAUGUCACCAAAGGACAGACUGUCCAACAGUGUAACAACGCAGUUGGUGCCCUGUGCAAGUCAGUGUAUGAAAAGCUGUUCUUGUGGAUGGUCAUACGUAUCAACCAACAGUUGGACACUAAGCAGCCAAGACAGUUCUUCAUUGGUGUGCUGGAUAUCGCUGGUUUUGAAAUCUUUGAUUUCAACAGCUUGGAGCAGCUGUGCAUCAACUUCACCAAUGAGAAGCUGCAGCAGUUCUUCAACCACCACAUGUUCGUCCUGGAACAGGAAGAAUACAAGAAGGAAGGCAUUGACUGGGAGUUCAUUGACUUUGGUAUGGAUCUGGCUGCCUGCAUUGAACUCAUUGAGAAGCCCAUGGGCAUCUUCUCAAUCCUUGAAGAGGAGUGCAUGUUCCCCAAAGCCACUGACACAUCCUUCAAGAACAAACUGUAUGAACAGCAUCUUGGCAAGUGCAAGAACUUUGAGAAGCCCAAGCCUGCCAAAGGAAAGGCUGAAGCUCACUUCUCUCUGGUCCACUAUGCUGGUACUGUGGACUACAAUAUCAGUGGCUGGCUGGACAAGAACAAGGACCCACUGAACGAUUCUGUUGUUCAGCUUUACCAGAAGUCUUCAGUGAAACUGUUGUCCUUACUCUACUCCAGCUACUCAGCUACUGAUGAUGCUGCAAAGAGUGCUGGAAAGAAGAAGAAGGGAGGCUCCUUCCAGACUGUGUCUGCUUUGUUCAGGGAAAAUCUGAACAAGCUGAUGAGCACCUUGAGAAGCACUCACCCACACUUUGUGCGUUGUUUGAUUCCUAAUGAGUCCAAAACUCCUGGUAUCAUGGAAAACCAUCUGAUUAUCCACCAGUUGAGAUGUAACGGUGUGUUGGAGGGUAUCAGAAUUUGCAGGAAAGGAUUCCCCAGCAGAAUCAUCUAUGCUGACUUCAAACAACGUUACAAAGUGUUGAAUGCCAGCGUUAUUCCAGACGGGCAGUUUGUUGACAGCAAGAAGGCUUCUGAGAAACUUCUGGGCUCCAUUGAUGUUGAUCACACUCAGUACAAAUUUGGCCACACCAAGGUGUUCUUCAAAGCUGGUCUUCUGGGUACCCUGGAAGAGAUGAGAGAUGAAAAGUUGGCACAACUUAUUACUCGCACUCAAGCUCUUUGCAGAGGUUUCUUGAUGAGAACGGAGUUCAAGAAGAUGAUUGAGAGACGGGAAGCAAUCUACAUCAUCCAGUACAAUGUCAGGUCAUUCAUGAAUGUCAAACACUGGCCUUGGAUGAAACUGUACUUCAAGAUCAAACCUCUCCUGCAGAGUGCAGAGACUGAGAAGGAGAUGGCAAACAUGAAAGAAGAGUUUGAGAAGACCAAGGAAGCUUUGAUAAAGUCAGAAGCCAAGAAGAAGGAACUGGAAGAGAAAAUGGUUUCCCUGCUUCAGGAGAAGAAUGAUUUGCUCCUGCAAGUUCAGUCGGAAGGUGAGACUCUGGCUGAUGCAGAGGAAAGAUGUGAAGGCCUCAUCAAGAACAAAAUCCAACUGGAAUCUAAAAUCAAGGAGAUCACAGAGAGACUUGAAGAUGAAGAGGAAAGUAAUGCUGAACUUACUGCCAAGAAGAGGAAACUGGAGGAUGAAUGCUCUGAGCUGAAGAAAGAUAUUGAUGAUUUGGAGCUUACAUUGGCCAAAGUAGAAAAAGAAAAACAUGCUACAGAAAACAAGGUUAAAAACCUCACUGAGGAACUUGCAGUCCUUGAUGAGAAUGUGUCCAAAGUUAGUAAGGAGAAGAAAGCCCUUCAAGAGGCUCAUCAACAAACACUUGAUGAUCUGCAAGCUGAAGAGGACAAAGUCAACAGUUUGACAAAAGCCAAGACUAAGCUAGAACAGCAAGUAGAUGACCUUGAAGGAUCUCUAGAACAAGAAAAGAAACUCCGUCUUGAUCUGGAGAGAGCCAAGAGAAAGCUUGAGGGUGAUCUGAAGCUGUCCCAGGAAACUGUCAUGGAUCUUGAAAAUGACAAACAGCAAACUGAUGAAAAACUCAAGAAGAAGGACUUUGAAAUUAGUCAGCUUCAGUCAAAGAUAGAAGAUGAGCAGUCCCUGGGAUCUCAGUUGCAGAAGAAGAUCAAAGAACUUCAGGCUCGUAUUGAAGAACUUGAGGAGGAAAUUGAAGCAGAACGUGCAGCUCGUGCCAAGGUUGAGAAACAGAGGGCUGAUCUCUCCAGAGAACUUGAAGAGAUCAGUGAGAGACUUGAAGAGGCCGGAGGUGCUACCUCUGCUCAAAUUGAGCUGAACAAGAAGCGUGAAGCGGAGUUCCAGAAACUGAGACGUGACUUGGAGGAAGCUACCCUUCAGAAUGAAGCUACUUCCUCUACUCUGCGCAAGAAGCAUGCUGACAGUGUUGCUGAACUUGGGGAACAAAUUGAUAACCUACAACGUGUCAAGCAGAAGCUGGAGAAAGAGAAGAGUGAGCUGAAAAUGGAGAUUGAUGAUCUCGCCAGCAAUCUCGAAAAUGUCUCCAAAUCAAAGGCCAACCUUGAAAAAGUGAACCGUGUGCUUGAAGACCAACUCAGUGAAGUGAAGGCAAGAGAUGAUGAACAUCAACGUCUUCUCAAUGACCUAACUACCCAAAGGGCUCGCUUCCAAACUGAGAAUGGUGAGCUCGCCCGCCAGCUUGAAGAGAGGGAAUCUCUGGUUUCACAGCUCUCAAGAGGAAAGCAAGGUUUCACACAACAAGUGGAGGAACUCAAGAGGCAACUUGAGGAGGAAUCAAAGGCUAAGAAUGCCCUAGCUCACGCCCUCCAAUCCUCCCGUCAUGACAACGACUUGCUCCGUGAGCAAUAUGAGGAGGAACAAGAGGCCAAGGCUGAGCUUCAGCGCUCUUUGUCCAAAUCAAAUGGUGAAGUUGCUCAAUGGAGGACCAAAUAUGAAACUGAUGCCAUUCAGCGCACAGAGGAACUGGAAGAGGCAAAGAAGAAACUUGCCCAGCGCUUGCAGGACGCUGAGGAACAGGUAGAGGCUGUGAACUCUAAAUGUGCCUCCCUGGAAAAGACCAAGCAAAGACUACAGUCUGAGGUGGAGGACCUGAUGGUGGAUGUUGAGAGAGCCAACAGUGCAGCAGCUGCUCUAGACAAGAAGCAGAGGAACUUCGACAAGGUCCUGGUAGAAUGGAAGCAGAAAUACGAAGAGGGUCAGGCUGAGCUGGAGGCUGCUCAGAAAGAAUCCCGUGGCCUGAGCACCGAUAUCUUCAAGCUGAAGAAUGCUUAUGAGGAGGCUCUGGAACAAGUUGAGACCUUGAAACGUGAAAACAAGAACUUGCAACAGGAGAUCUCAGAUCUCACUGAACAGAUAGGUGAAAGUGGUAAAUCUAUUAACGAGCUGGAGAAGGCUAAGAAGCAAGUUGAGCAGGAAAAGGGCGACCUACAGGCUGCCCUGGAGGAAGCAGAGGGAUCUUUGGAACAUGAAGAAGCCAAGAUCCUCCGUGUUCAGCUGGAAUUGAACCAGAUCAAAUCUGAGGUGGACAGGAAGAUUUCAGAGAAGGAUGAAGAGAUUGAACAGCUGAAGAGGAACUCCCAGAGAGCUGUUGAUACCCUGCAGAGCACACUGGACUCUGAAAUCAGAAGCAGGAAUGAUGCUCUGAGACUGAAGAAGAAGAUGGAAGGAGACUUGAAUGAACUUGAAAUCCAGCUCAGUCAUGCCAACCGCCAGGCUGCAGAGGCACAGAAGCAGCUCCGCAAUGUGCAGGCCCAAUUUAAGGAUGCCCAGCUUCACCUGGAUGAUGCAGUAAGAGGCCAGGAAGAUCUGAAGGAACAGUUGGCCGUGAUUGAACGUAGAACCAACCUGCUGCAGGCUGAACUUGAAGAGAACAGGUCUGCUCUGGAACAAACAGAGAGAUCUCGUAAGGCUGCAGAACAAGAGCUCCUGGAUGCAAGUGAACGUGUCCAGCUUCUGCACUCACAGAACACCAGCCUCAUCGGCACCAAGAAAAAGCUUGAGUCUGACAUUGCUCAACUCCAGAGCGAAGCUGAGGAAGCUGUCCAAGAAUCAAGAAACGCUGAGGAGAAAGCCAAAAAGGCCAUCACCGAUGCUGCUCUUAUGGCAGAGGAACUGAAGAAGGAGCAGGACACAAGCUCUCACUUGGAGAGAAUGAAGAAGAACCUUGAGCAAUCUGUGAAGGAUCUGCAGCAUCGUCUGGAUGAAGCUGAGCAGUUAGCACUGAAGGGUGGCAAGAAGCAACUUCAGAAGCUUGAGUCCAGAGUUCGAGAACUAGAGAACGAACUGGAUAACGAACAGAAGCGUGGAGUUGAGGCAAUUAAAGGUGUGCGCAAAUACGAGAGGAGAGUGAAGGAGCUAUCUUACCAGACUGAAGAAGACAGGAAAAAUGUCCUGAGAUUGCAGGAUCUGGUAGACAAACUGCAGCUGAAAGUAAAGGCCUACAAGAGACAAGCUGAGGAAUCUGAGGAACAAGCCAACGCUCACUUGGGUCGGUUCAGGAAGGUCCAGCAUGAGCUAGAGGAAGCUGAGGAGAGAGCGGACAUUGCCGAGUCUCAAGUGAACAAGCUCAGAGCUAAGAGCCGUGAUGUUGGCAAGAAAGAAGGGCAGGAGUGAAGAAGUCUGAAUGAUUGAAGAGAGAGAAACUUGCAAAAUGUGAAUUUUAUUUUUCUUCUUGCCUUACCUCCCACCACAUCCCCUAUUUAAUCAAAUAAACUAUAUUUGAAUUUUUCAA